CUUUCUUUCCUCUCUUCUCCCUUCCUCUUCUGACUCAUUUUCCCAUUCUCUCUUCCCACGCUCUCGUCUCGACUUGUGUCUUCACUAUCUUUACAAUGUCUUCUUCAGAUAAUAAAACCUAUGCAGUUAAUAUUCUCGGAGCAGGUGUCUCCGGUCUCUCCACAGGACUUGCCCUUCUUGAAAAAGGAAACUACAGCGUCAAGAUCAUUGCUACACAUCUACCUUCCGACCUCCAUAUCGAUUAUACAUCUCCUUGGGCUGGAGCACAUUGGAGAUCUUUUGCUGACAUUGCGGAUCUUGAGCAACAAGAGCUUGAAGAAGCCACGUACAAGAGAUUUGAGCAUCUAGCAGAAACCGAGCCCAAGGCCGGUAUCAUGUUUUUGACUGGACACGAUUAUUGGGAUGUCAAACCCAAAAACUUUGAAGAGCCAUGGUUCAGUCGUUUUCUUAAAAAUUAUCGACACAUUCCAAAGGAAGAACUUCCAUCUGGUGUUGAUUUUGGGACUACGUACACCACAGUCUCCAUUAAUACGCCCAAGUAUUUACGCUAUCUGCAAGACCAGAUCCUCGCUCGAGGUGGUAUCAUUGAGCAUGGCACUGUACAGAGUCUCAGAGCUCUAGCUCAGGUCCCACACAGCGAUAAACACCCCAAGGCCGAUAUUAUUGUUAAUUGUUCGGGCCUAGGAAGCCGUAACUUACAGGGCGUGAAUGAUCACCAAAUGUUCCCCACUCGUGGGCAAAUCUUAAUUGUCAAGGUCCCAGAUGAAAUUUGGCCGAAAGCAAAGCAAUUCACAAUGGAACGAUAUGCAGAAGGCAGUGCCUUUGGUGUUGGCACUGUCACCUAUGUUAUCCCCAGAGAUAAUGGUGAGAUUAUCUUGGGCGGCACAACGGAUCAUUGGGACUACCAAGAAGCUCCAUCAGAGAAAACAGCGAAAGCAAUCAUGCAACGCGUUCAGGACUGCAGACCUGAUCUGUUCUCCAAGGCAACGGUUUUACGAAACUGUGUUGGCCUCCGACCCAAUCGACGCGGUGGCGUCCGAGUCUCUGCAACGGCCGAGCAAUUGGACUGGAACGAAGGCUGGAACCCCUCUGUUCUUGUAGUAGCACACAAUUAUGGUCAUGCUGGAUUUGGAUACCAGGCCAGUAUUGGAUGCGCCAACAAAACGGCUAAGUGUAUUGAGCGUUCCCUAAAGAAUCUGCAGACCCUUAGAGAUGAAGCCAGGACUAUGGCAAAACUUUAA